AUGGAUCUAAGGUACAUCCUUUCUUUUUGCCAAAGACAAGUAAGCAUUGCCUCAGAUGAUGGGUCCCUUCUUCCAACGCUUAACUAUUCAGCAACCCCGGAGAUUGAAGUAGACCCCAACUUUGCUCGGCGUAAGCGUCAAAAAUCGACCUCCACCGAGCGUGAUCUUCCAGACUCUUUGCAAGAAGAACCAGAGUCCACGGCAUGGAUUGAUCAACUGAACGCCGCUGCCGCAGAAGCUUCUGUUAAUCAUAUGACUGCUGCUCCAGGUCACGUAUCACCAUCUCGACAACUCGUGCCAUGCACCAAGGAAACUGAGGCGGCAGCAACAAAAUCAGCUCCUAUCACGAUUGGCGUUCUGAUUGAACCAACGUCUCCCAGCCGAGCCGAGCCUUCUGGUGAUCGUCUCGCAUCGCCACGAACGGGAAGUGAACCACCUGAGCUCUCAUCGCCCAAGAGAAUGCUUCGAGUUCGACCAGAUGGGAAGCUAGGCACGCCCAAGAAGGAGACUCAAAUAGAGGCGACGAAAGUCAGAAGGCCGCGACGAACGAAGGAACAGCUACAGGUGCAGAAGACUGGCUUGGUUGUGAUCAAGUAUGGAAAGCGGAAGAAGAUAAGGACUGCUCUUGGCAAGAGGAUUGAUGCCAUCUUGUUGGCCACACCGUCGCAAUACGAAAAGAUUAACCCAACCAAAAAGGGCGAUCCAGAGGAGCCCCCAAACCCACUCAUCCCUUUUUUGUUGAAAAAGAGCUCAGAGACCCUGCCAGCCAAAAGUGCUGAUUGGAUUUCGAAUGCGAACUCGGGGCAACUUCCUAGCACGAAGAAGCAAAGAGUGAAUAGUAGACCUCCUGGCGUUGAAGGAAAUAAUGAUUCUAGCCAUGCAGUCAAGUUUCCCGCCUUUGGGUCUGACCAUGCACGCAUCACACGUUUUCCAGGAACCCAAGAAGCCAUGUGGCCCCCUAGCGAUAUGGUACAUGUUGGACGAGAGUCAAGGGGCAGCAAAUCCCACAUGAUCUCCAACAGGAGACCGCAAAAGCAACGCAAAUUAAAGCAGAUUCCUGUACAUGUCCCGUGGGACGAGGAUAUAUUGAAGCCUGUCCUCGGCCUUAGUCCUAGCAGUGGGUCACCUGAAAAUGCAGUCGCGGAGUUUCCUACAGCCAGCGAUAGAAAAUAUCGGCGCCCCCGGAGGCAUGUGGUGCCUGGGCAUGGUUUGCAACGUUUAGUCAACUCCAGGUUAAUACAUAGUCAACCUAAUUGCCCCAGCAACCCUGGUCUAUUUCACAAUCAACUUUCUGACCUGCAAUACUCGCACUUAAAAGCCCCACCGGUUUUGAAGCAGCUUUACGAUGGCAUUACAUCUCAUAGUACCGCUUUCGACAGGUUCGAGUGCGAGUGCCAGCAUUGGACAAGCAAGUACUCACCGAAAGCUGCUGAGCAUGUUCUACAGCAAGGUCAGGAGCCUACGAUGAUCCGUGAUUGGCUCAGAUCUCUCACGGUGACGUCUGUAAACGUUCAAGCUCAGUCCACGACUGGUCAUAAACGUCAAAAGCCGAGCAGGAGGAAACGAAGGCGAGGUGAAGAAUUGGACGAUUUCGUCGUGUCAAGCGACGAAGAAUCAGAGGGAUUGUCAAGCAUCGGCGACCUGCAAGGCGGUCUAUUUCAACCCAAUGAUGGAUCUCUGCGAACCGUCGUUCGGGCUCAAGUGCCGGUGGAGCCAGGCGCAAGGCUUCCCCAUGCUGCUGUAAUCAGCGGACCUCACGGAUGUGGAAAAUCUGCUGCUGUCUACGCAAUAGCACAGGAACUAGGCUUUGAAGUGUUCGAAAUCAACGCUGGUAGUCGGCGUAGUGGUAAAGACAUUGUUGAUAAAGUCGGUGACAUGACAAGGAAUCAUCUCGUGAGAAAUGAUCCGGAAGUUUCUAUCGAUAAUGACCAGGAUCAGUCAAAAGAAAUAGAGCAGAUGGACGAGAAGCUUCAGCAAGACCUUGAAUCGGGCCGCCAGAGCACCAUGAAGUCGUUCUUCAAAAAAGGGUCUACCGCAAAAGCGUCGGUCAAGGAACCUCGUAGCCAAAAGCAAUCCCUGAUCUUGAUUGAGGAGGUAGACAUUCUCUUCGAAGAAGAUAAGUUGUUCUGGCCUACUGUGCUAGACCUGAUCGUUGGGACUCGACGGCCUAUCAUAUUGACCUGCACUGACGAGAGUCGUCUCCCUUUGGGCGAGAUGAUACUCCAGGGCAUCUUUCGUUUUACAAGUCCUCCAGAACAAUUUGCAGUUGACUAUAUGCUUCUUGUUGCUGCUGCUGAAGGUCACAUUUUGAAACGAGAUGCCGUUCAUUCACUAUACAGCGCAAAAGCGUAUGACUUACGGGCCUCUUUGAGUGAACUACAAUUCUUUUGUCAAAUGGCUGUCGGGGAUCGGAAAGGCGGCUUGGAAUGGCUGUUGAUUGAUCGACCUGAGGUGAAUGAUAAAACUGAGGAGUCAGCAUUAUGCCGUGUGGUCAGCGAGGACACCUAUGACAAAGGCAUGGGAUGGCUUAGUGGGGAUGUUCCAGCUGUUGAGGGCCCAAGUAGUCUCGAGCACAGUGUAGACACCUUGUUGACGGUGUGCCACAACUGGAAUCUCGACAUCAACAACAUGGAACAUUUCAGCUCAAAGAAAAAUGUUAGCCUGGCUCAGACUGAACAGCAAGCCAACUUAGAACGAAUAUGUCGACAUUCUCUUUCCCUAGAUACUUUUAGCCAGGCAGAUCUAUUACCGACUGCUGAGCUGAGAUCGUCACUUUCAGAGCCAUUGGAUCCUACACAACCCAAAUUGAACGAGAAGCAACUCGGCCACUUCACCGAGGGUCCAACUGUAUUGCAGGCGGACCCCUUAGAGGACCAGACCGGCCUUACAACCACAUUGGGACUCACACUACGCGCUAUGGCUGCACCAUUCAGUCACUCUGAACAUAACUCGGCUUCACCCUCCCUUGACCAAAACCUUAUCGACUCGAUCUGCCACGCAGCACCCAAAAAUUCCUGCAUCCAGGAGCCCAGAGCCAUUUUCACAGAAGCGUUCCAUCCACUCGUCAACCCUCCAACCUCCACCCUCAACCUGCCCAAAGGCCCCUCUAUCAGCUCCUUCGUCGCUCCCAUCUCCGUCGUCGCGACAGACAUCGCGCCCUACGUCCGCUCAAUCGCAGCAUACGAUCUCCGCCUCGAAGCUCAGCGGGAACAACUCAGCGCCGCCCUGUCCCGGCCUGGACGCGACGCAGGAGAGGACUGGGGGAGUGUGCUGCUGGAGAUGGUCAAUGAGGGUGUGAAUGAGGAUGACGAUGAAAGGAUGGGUAGUUGUGACGGUGGAGAUGUUGAGACAAGAGAUGAGACGCCGGAGAGCGAUAUGACUGACGAGCUCCAAGCUUAG